AUGCAAUAUUUGUUUGACCAGCUGAAGCAGUGCUUCUCCAGACAGCCACCCGGGGCCAAGGACACAGACACGCUGGUGCAGGAGCCCGACAGCCAGUACGGGACCUGGAGCGAGCAGCGGCACAGCGGGGACAGCUUUGUGCCCGAAUCUCCAUCCUCAGAGAACGACGUCGUCUCGACGAGGAAGCAGCCUCCAAGUAGCCACCCCUCUUCACUGUCCUCUCAAACAGAACCUGCCUCCCUGGUUGAUCACCAUGACUUCUCAAAAGACCAAAGGAGCACAAGCUUGGACCGUUCCAGCACGGACAUGGACUCUACUGAUGGGGCUGAUUUGCCUCCUCCAGGAGACACCUGCCCUGAUGAGAAGACCACUGAUUUCUCUUUCAUUGAUCAAACCACUGUCCUGGACUCCAGUGUGCUGAAAACUCGUGUCCAGCUCAGCAAGAAGCGGCGGCGGCGAGUCCCUGCCUCCCACUCGCUGCGCAGGAGCAGGGGGCUGGAGCUGGAGAACAGGUUUUCUUUGACAGAAGAGCCAGAUAAUAGCUGGAUGUUUAAAGAUUCCACAGAAGAGAAGAAAACUAUGCAAGAGGAAGAUUCUGAUGAGGAGGACAAGCUGCAUCGCACUGCGAGGUCGUCUGCCCACGCUCAGAGACUCCCCGUGUUCCCAGGGAUGGACCCCUCACUGCUCAAGGCCCAGCUGCGGAAGAGGCAUGAGUCUGAGAGUGGUGGUGAAGUGAGUUCUGCUCAGCUGUUCAGGUCCCCAAAAGCACAGCCUGGAACUCCCAGCAGCAGAGUGCUGCCCUCCAGCGUGGAGAAGGAGGAGAGAUCAGAAGAAAAGUCUCCUCAGUGGCUGAAGGAGCUGAAAUCAAAGAAGAGACAGAGCCAUUAUGAGAAUCAGGUUUGA